AGACCUCAGAAGCUCGAUGUCGUCAGUCGAAGGAACUGAAGAUUAUAAAAGCCAGAAGAGCACACGGGCAGGCAACUCCUUUUAUAAGCCGCACAGUCAACAGAUCGUUACCGUAAAUCAUGCUAUCAUUUAUUUUAUUACUUGCAUGUUCGUAUCUCGUUACAGCGACAGCUUCGGGGGUCUGUGAAAUAGACAUAUCAUACAAUGACGGGGACUUGAAGCUACCGCAACCGCUGGUCCUGACAAGCGAUAGCAACGAAUUUUUCUAUCCUAACACGGGAAAACAAUCCACGUUGGUACUGGAAACAGGAAAGUCUAUUGCUCUAGCAUGUCCAGGUGCAGGGAAUCUCAUCGUCGACACCAAGGUUCAACUAGCAACAGCCACAUGCGAAGAGGAUAAAUACUUCACCAUUAACGGAAUAAGCCGAAACUUCUCAACGAUAGUUUGCAAGGCGAGACCUGCGAUCAGCGCUAACACUUUGAAACAGAAAUGUCUCCAAAAGUACACUUCGGUCGCCAUCGGUUUUGAAUUCCAAAAGAAAUUCCUGACCACGAUAGAAGUGUGCCGUGACGAUCAGACCUACGAGACUUACUAUACAAAGUUUAAGCUGACUAAAAAGAUUGGACACUACCAAGAAUCUUCAAGGCCAAAAAACUGGCUGACAGGACAGUAUUUCAAGGGUAUGCAAUUGGAGAAACUAUACAACUUGGAAAACCAACGUACGUCGAUCAAUCGGAUCCUAAAUGUAUCGGACAUAACGAAGUUUGUAAACGAAAGCAUGUACCUGUCGCGUGGACAUUUGGCCGCGAGGUCAGACUUCGUCUACAGUAACCAGCAUUACAGCACUUUCCACUACCUGAACGCGGAGCCGCAAUGGACCACGUUCAACGGAGGAAACUGGAAGACUCUAGAGGAGAAUGUUAGAAGCUUUUCCGCGAGGAAUUCUCUGGAUCUAGAGGUUUACACCGGUGUUCACGGACAAAUGACCAUGAAGGACAGCGCAGGACUUUCGAAGUCGAUCGAAUUGAACUACGAAGGUUCGAAGCCUCUGUCGGUGCCGAGAUUCUUUUGGAAGAUCAUCUACGACCCGGCGAGCAAGAAGGGCACCGCGUUCGUAGGAUUAAACGAUCCCUUCAUAACCGCCAUAACGCAGGACGUGUAUUUGUGCAAGAACAGGAUCGAGUCGAAGAUAAAGUGGCUGACAUGGUCAAAGGAACUUAGAGCGGGUGCCUCGUACGCAUGCUCUGUCAGUGAACUUCGCACGAAAAUUUCGACAAUUCCACCGUUGAACGUGGUAGGUGAUUUAAUAUAACUAUAUUUGGCGUACCGCAGAGUAUAGCCUGUAACAACAGGAACACUCGAGGCAAGGAUCCUUGCCAAAUCUGACCCUUGACACAAUUCCGGAAUAUUGAGAUACGGUAGGAAUGACUGAUGCUGAACAGAAAUUCUAACGAGACGUAAUGAAAUCGUGAUCUGUGUAAAUCGUGUUGUGAAUUUCACUUUACUGUUUGCUCACUGGCGAAACUUGUGGCUUCGGAUAGUUUCCUUUUUUCGUUUGUUUAUCGAUACCAUAUUAUGUGUGAUUCUGCGGUGGAGAAAUAGUUGUGCUUCCUUUGAACGCGUAAUCCCCUAGCAUAGAGAAAACAGCAGUUUCGGAUUGAUAGGCGUUGAAUUAACUGGCGAUUCGCUUAUUCGAUGUCGACGGAGCGACAAAGGUACUUACAAUGAUAAGAAUUCAAGGGGAAUGAAAAUCUCGUGAUGCAACGAGUAUAGCGAUGCUAUUAAGAGUGCAGAAACCUCAGUCGUAAAGGGAAAGAUGUGAUUAAAUGUAUUAUUACCGUAUACACAAAUAUGUUUUCAAGAACAAACAGUAAAUGCAGAGAUAAAUAUAUUGUAUGGCAUCGUUUCAUGGAGUACAGUUAAUUAAAGCCAGUGUUCAACUGAGAGAGAGAGAGAGAGAGGGCGAAAAUUUCUUGAAUAAAAAUGAGCAAUGUUUAUAUGGGUAAGAGUGCCUACGUACUUACACAUGUAGAUACAUAUCUUUGUUUCACACUGAAUAUUUUUGAUACUACAUUAUAAUUACAAAAGAUAGAAGAAUUUAUUCACGAUUUCAGGGAGCGGAUCUAUAAAGCAUAUUUCUGUAUAAAUCUAUGUAUCCUACAUAAUGUUGAAAAUGAUAUAUGUAACAAAUAACUAUUACAAAUUAUAAAAUUUAUUGAAACGCGAUUUUACAUAACUUUUCAAUGAACGCCGAAUCGUUCCAUUGGAACCUUGCAGGCAUUCUCCAUAAAUGAUAUUUCUGUCGGAGUCAUUGUUCCUUGAUACUAAAAGAGUACUGAAAAAUUUGUCGACAAUCUGAUGGAUUACUUUCAAUAGGUAGGUGAUAUUAAUACUAUUCUGACUCCUUUAUCCAAUAAACUUUUAAUUAGAAUUAAAAAGAAAAUAAAUUGAAUAUCAUUGUCGACGGACAUUAAAUCGAGCAUCGUAUAUGUAUGCUCCAUUAAUGAACUUCCAAAGGAAGUUUCAACAAUCUCGGAAAUCACAGUAAACCAAGUUCUGGAAUCUUUCUAACAAUAGAACCUGUUAAAACAGAGAUACUUGCGAAAGCUAACUCUUGCUAAGGUACCGAAAUGGUAAAAUCCACUACGAAUAGUUGAGGUGAAAUCAAAAUUGCGUUGAAAUAUAAUGAAAUUCUCUGUGCAACGUAUAUCGAAUUUUAUUGAAAUACUUAUCCGCUAACGAAUUUUAGAGUAUUCGAGUAUUAUUCUAAUUUCAUUAAAAAAUAUACAAUUUUCUCUAUACAUAAAAUGUUACUAUUUGAUUAACGUAGCAUGCUUAUAAAAAAUAAUAUAGUCAUUCAAUCAACACUUCGAUGGCCGUUCAAUUAUUGAUUUAUAUUAAAUAAAUUUAACUUACUAAUUGAAUUAUCUUAGCAAAUAAAUGGAUGAAAUGUAAAAUUCAGUAAUGUUAUUCAUAAUUUGAAAAUAAAGAUUAAAGUUGUUAUAAGAGUACCGUUAGAAUGUUAUGUUGUUCACGUGAUAACGAUACUAUGUGUGAUAUCAUUUCACAGAUUGUCACUUCACAAUUAAUUAAAAUUAAUAGCACUGGCAUGAUACAAUAAUCAACUGUGUAUCGUUUUAAGUUAACAAUUGGCUGAAUGCCAGAGAGCAUUCAUAGAAACUAGAUAAUGCGUCCGCCAUAGCGGUAGUAAUUAACUCGUUUCCAGAAACAAUUCAAAAAUGUGAUAAUGAAACAUUGUUUUUCUGCAGAAUUAAUUGCAUUCAAACGCAAUUAAUACCAGCUUUAUCAUGUUUCUUAAUCUAUUUUCUUCUUUAAUAUUUUGAAACCAAUAGCAUUAGUUAUUUCUCUUGAAUGUUACCGGCGCAAUUAGAUACACCGCAUCGGAAUCAAUGAAAUUUCCAGGAAAGCAAUUUUAAAUAAUAGAAAAGUCGUAAGAACGAAUGACUUCAGACUAGUAUAAUUCAGUAAUUCAUGAAAUUGAAUAAUAAAAGAUUCAGAAUGCUUUUACACAAAUCCGUUAUACUUGUUCUAACAACUGCUGUUCAUAGAAUGCAGUACAAUUAAAAGCACAGUCUUCGUUUAUUGAUCUCGUCCAAAGUAUAAAUAUUUGGUGGCAUCAAUUACGCAUGACGGCGUGAAGUAUCCUUUCUCUUGCACUACUGUUACGUGCAUCCAUAUUUGAAACGCGCACACGUACGAACGGCACGGCGAAAUUAAUCCCUCGGUAACCUUGAACGACUACUUGGACUUGUUUGUAUGUAAUUUAGUGGUAAUCGAGCGUAUUACCAAUAGCAUUGAAACCAGAUCAAAGUAGUACUCGCUUAAUGAUUAGCCAAGAACUACAAAACUAAGCUUUACGCUGGGAUAUUGAUCGUUACAAGUGUAAUGAGCUAAGAUAAGCGGAAGUUCCUGCAAAAAACUUCUCCUUAAUACCCUCGUGGAGAACGGCUUGCAACAUCUUAGAUAAGAAGAUAACUUUAUCGACGACUUCACUGUGUGGUAAGCCCCAGCCGAAACAUACCCCUUUCAUUGUGCACCCUCCUUUCCUUUGUCCUUAUCCCAUUAUAACGGCCAACGUGCUGACCCCAACCUGAUCAAUGAAGGCACGAAGAACACCCAAUCAUCGAGGCAACCAAAACAUAUAACGUGAAGUAAUAUAAUCGAGACACACGCUCUAGAAACACGUAAAUAAUCUCAACGAACGUUCAUGCAUGACUGUACAAUUAUGAAUAAAAUGAUUAAAAAAAGAA